UCCAUACUAUUUUUUCAUUUAAACAACUACUUUCCUGGUGAUUACUACAGGAGGAGAUUCAGAAAAAAACUGGUUACAUAGUAAUGCGAGCUGAGGGUGUUUUUGAUGUGGAUGCAAACACAUCUAUUGAUCAGCUCUCAGAGGAUUUGAACAUCAAGAUGCCGGAGGGUCAUCAAUAUGAGACAGUAUCAGGCUUUGUGUGUGAGGCAUUUGGAUACAUUCCAAGGACAGGUGAGUGCAUCAAAGUAGUUCUUGAAAGGGAAGAUGAAGAUGAUAACAAUGAGUCCAGUGCUGACCAGCAGGAUCAGAAGCAAAAGAAUCAAACUUUCAAACUUGAGGUAAUCAAUCUUUUACCGUCUAAAAUUGUCACUUGUUGAAUUUUUGCUUAGAUCUGUCCAGAGUUGGAAAGAAUGGAUGGUGAACACAUAAGUAAUACCAACAACUAUAACGAUAGCAUCACAAAACUAUAAUAUAAUUGCAUGUGUCUUUUAAAUAUGAUUGCUCGACUAUUACUCGAGCUACACUAAAGAUGUCAAUUUCAUUUUCCUCAAAAAACUUGUUCACAAGUUGUGCUUUGAUUUCUGGUUUUUGAACAUAUGGUUAGAGAAUCGAUGUAAGAGUACUUUGUACAUUGUUAACUUGUCAUGGGAUUGGAAUUACAUUUUUGCACAACCAUCGAAAUCUUUUUAUGUUGCGUGAGCCAUGUUCACAAGGUUUCAAAUUAACUUUUUUUUGUUGAUCUGUAUGAAUUAAUAAACUGAAUCUAGAGCUUCUCCUUAGCCUACCCCAAUCCCU